AUGGAUAUUGAUUUGGAAAAAAAUAGAGAAAAAACAAUUGGUGUUGUCAUUGAAAGUGACCUUCGAUCUUUGGAUGAUGGUAACUCUUUGACUUCAGAUGACUAUGUUGAUCAUUUUGAAUAUGACAAGACCCUUAGUAAAUCCUUGAAGCUGAGACAUCUUUCCAUUAUUACUGUGGUUAGUGUUUUCGGUACUGGUUUGUUUUUAAGUUCUGGUGGUACCUUAGCUAAAACUGGUCCUGUAGGAAUUAUUCUUUGUUACAUUUGUGUUGGUGUAAUCGUUGGUUGUUCACAAAUGUGUAUUGUUGAAGCUAGUUGUUUUGCCCCUUUCACGUCUGGUUAUGUGAGACAUUCCGAAAUGUUUGUUAGCCCUGCUAUGGGGUUCAUGAUGGGCUGGAUUGAUGUUUAUUCCAAUAUUAUUCCUAAUGAAUUAGAAGCUGUUGCUGUCGUCAUGCAGUAUUGGUCUGAUCUUAAUCCUGCUGUUUGGAUUACCGUUUUCGGACUUUGUUUGGUAGUUAUUAAUGGUUACAAUAUCAAAUGGUAUGGUGAGAUCGAAUUCGUUUUUGGUAUAUUAAAACUUUCAUUGAUCAUAAUCUUAGUUAUUGCUGGUCUUGUCAUUGAUCUCGGUGGUACUCCUGAUCAUGAUAGAAUUGGUUUCAGAUACUGGGUUGAUCCUGGUCCAUUCGCUGAAAAAAUCUUUACUGGUUCUCUUGGUAAAUUUGUUGGUUUCUGGUCUGCCAUCAACUCAGUUGUCUACUCAUAUGGUGGUGUUCAAGCCGUUAGUUUACUUAGUGGUGAAUCUGAAUAUCCUCGUAGAUCCAUUUAUAGAGCUGCUAAGAAAGUUUUCUUCAUCACCUUUUCCUUUUACUUAGCUGCGGUCAUCAUGUUGUCAUUGGUUGUUCCUUAUAACAACAAAGUCAUUGCAUCUCCAAAUGGUACUGCCAGUGCUUCUCCAUUCGUCGUUGCUAUGUCUGGUCAAAUUAAUGUCUUACCUGAUUACAUUAAUGCUAUAGUUUUAACUUCUGCAUUAUCUGGUGCUUCAUAUGCUGUUUUGAAAGCAAGUAGAGUUAUGUUUGCUUUAGCUUCCAAAGGUCAUGCCCCAAAGAUUUUGCUUAAAACUAACAAACAUGGUUUACCUUAUGUAGCUGUAGGGAUGGCAUGCUUGUUUAUUCCUCUUGCUUAUAUGGCUUCCAGUUCAGGUUCUGAUGUUGUCUUCAGUUGGUUCCAAUCUAUUACAUCAUCAAACAUUUUAUUGAACUGGAUUGUCAUCUCCCUUAAUCAUAUCUUCUUGAAUAGAGCAUUGAAAGCUCAAGGAUAUAGUAGAAAGGAUUUACCAUACACUUUCCCAGGUACUGUGUUUGCUUCAUGGUUCUCCUUAUUCUUCUCAUGUCUUUUCUUAUUAACUGGUGGUUUUGUCAACUUUAUCCACGGUCAAUGGGAUUUCGGAUCAUUCUUUGGUGCUUACUUUAUCAUUCCAUUAUCCCUUGUAUUAUUCUUUGGAUACGCUUUGAUCAGAAGAAAAUGGUUCGUCAAACCAACUGAUGUCGAUUUAAAGAGUUUAUUCACUCAUAUUGAAUUGAAUCCAGAACCACCAUUCCCAAAAUUAAAAGGUUUCCAAAAAAUUAACUUUCUUUGGUCUUAG